CGCGGCGGUGGGAGAGUGUUUUCCCUGCAUCCAUCACUGUCACCCGCCGAAGCGCAGCCACUUUGAUGUAGGACGGACCUGCCCCCCUGCCUCUGCCCCCAUGUCCAAUAAGAAGAGACCCGGCGUGACACCUGCCUAUAUACAGAGGACGGGAGCAGCAUCCUCAGCGCCGGCCUUUGGAGGGGGGGGAGGGAAAAAAAAAAGCCCCAAGCACAACACAGCCCCCUCAGGUCAGAGCGGGGGGCUCGCUUGCACUAUAAACCCCCCCGGCCCCCCAGACUAUGACUUCCAGUAAAAUUGAGAUGCCAGGGGAGGUGAAGGCAGAUCCCGCAGCUCUGAUGGCAUCUCUGCAUCUGCUGCCUUCUCCCGCUCUCAACCUGGAAAUCAAAUACACCAAGAUUUUUAUCAAUAAUGAGUGGCAAAAUUCUGAAAGUGGGAGAAUAUUCCCAGUAUAUAACCCAGCAACAGGAGAGCAGAUCUGUGAGAUCCAGGAAGCUGACAAGGUUGAUACAGAUAAAGCAGUGAGAGCCGCUCGCCUUGCUUUUUCUCUAGGUUCAGUCUGGAGGAGAAUGGAUGCAUCAGAAAGAGGCCAUCUUUUGGACAAGUUAGCAGACUUAGUCGAAAGAGACAGGGCAAUUCUUGCUACUAUGGAAUCAUUGAACAGUGGCAAACCUUUCCUGCAAGCCUUCUAUGUAGAUCUUCAAGGAGUAAUAAAAACCUUGAGAUAUUAUGCUGGUUGGGCAGACAAAAUCCAUGGAAUGACUAUUCCUGUAGAUGGAGAUUAUUUUACGUUUACAAGACAUGAACCCAUCGGAGUGUGUGGACAGAUCAUCCCUUGGAACUUCCCCCUGCUGAUGUUUGCAUGGAAGAUUGCUCCAGCUCUGUGCUGUGGCAAUACAGUAGUUAUUAAACCAGCAGAACAAACACCACUCAGCGCUCUCUAUAUGGGAGCCCUCAUCAAGGAGGCUGGCUUUCCACCAGGAGUUGUCAAUAUUUUGCCAGGAUUUGGUCCAAUUGUUGGUACAGCAAUAGCAUCUCAUGUUGGCAUUGAUAAAAUUGCUUUCACUGGAUCCACUGAGGUUGGAAAGCUGAUCCAAGAAGCAGCUGGAAGGAGUAAUUUGAAGAGAGUUACGCUGGAGCUGGGUGGGAAAAGCCCAAACAUUAUUUUUGCAGAUGCUGAUUUGGACUAUGCUGUGGAACAAGCUCACCAGGGUGUCUUCUUCAAUCAAGGUCAAUGCUGCACUGCAGGCUCCCGGAUUUAUGUGGAAGAAUCAAUCUAUGAGGAGUUUGUUAGAAGAAGUGUAGAACGUGCAAAGAGGAGAGUAGUAGGGAGUCCUUUUGAUCCAACUACAGAACAAGGUCCACAGAUUGAUAAAAAGCAAUACAACAAAAUCUUGGAACUGAUUCAAAGUGGCAUUACUGAAGGAGCAAAACUCGAAUGUGGGGGUAAAGGUCUAGGAAGAAAAGGCUUCUUUAUUGAACCUACAGUAUUUUCCAACGUAACAGAUGACAUGCGGAUUGCAAAGGAGGAGAUUUUUGGGCCUGUUCAAGAAAUACUGAGAUUUAAAACCAUGGAUGAAGUUAUAGAGAGAGCCAACAAUUCUGAUUUUGGGCUGGUAGCUGCUGUCUUUACAAACGACAUAAACAAGGCCCUGACAGUCUCUUCAGCAAUGCAGGCUGGGACAGUCUGGAUAAAUUGCUACAAUGCCUUAAAUGCCCAAAGUCCUUUUGGAGGAUUCAAAAUGUCUGGCAAUGGGAGAGAGAUGGGUGAAUGUGGAUUGAGAGAAUAUUCUGAAGUUAAAACUGUGACAAUAAAGAUCCCUCAGAAGAAUUCGUAAAAUGAUGAAAGACAAGGUUGUGUGGAAGAGCACGUCAUGCCACCCUCUCUAUUCCUUAUGGGGACCAGCACUCAGGAAUAAAAAGUGUUACACAAUAUAUAUUUAAGAAAUUAAGUUGCAACAUAUAUAUCAGGCACAUAAUCGCAUAAGUAAUGCAAACCAACUCUGCAUGCUUUCAUAAAACUCUUUAUGUCUUUAGUAAACAAACCAUAGAAACCAUACAAACAAGAGAUAAAGUUGCUAUUGGGCAUCAUUUAAUAAUGGUUCUACCUGUAAAACUAUUAAAUGCAAAUGCAUGCACACACACAUUUAUCUCUUCAUUAAAUAAACAGAAUAAGUCUUACUGCUUUCAAGUUGCCUUUUCAAGGCCUGCCUUGUGCUGACAUUCUUGUUUCAUACAGGGCUUCACAAGCUGAAUUUUACCCCAAACGCUAGCAGUGAGCAACAUAACCAAGUACCAUUGUUAUUCUUAAAAUCAAAAGAAAAAAAAAAAUUGUGAACUGUAACCAGCCAGAAAUUGGUAUAUUGGUAUAUUGGCAACUUUUCAAUUAGCACACUCGCAUAAAGAGGUCAAACUGGGGCAGGAACUAAAUCAUUGUAUGCAUAAUGAAAUCCAAAUACUUACUGGUGAGAUUUGGCUUUCAGACUCACAGCUUUUAGGUUUCCAAACUUAUUUUAAUAAUUAUUUUAUGCCUUGCUUAUUAUAAGCAAAAAUCCUCCCUUAAAAGACUUAAAGAGACUUAAAAAGUUUUACCUGCCUGCAAAAAGAGCAUGGCCAGGCAGGGUGGAAGGGUGCUAAGGAGAACAGGAACAGAUCUGAAGGCUUCACAGAGUAUUUCAGCUUUCACUGCUCACCUAGUUUUGUUGUUGUUAUUACUGUUGUUGUUCUCACUUUUUUUUUCCUUUUUAAAGAAGCAUAGGCACACACAGACUGUGUAACUUUGUCUGCCAGUAAACUGUCCAUGAUUACAGCACGUUUCCACUUUUACCAGUGGGAAAUUGUUACGUAUUCAUUACACAAGGAAGUAUCCAGCAAAAACCCACCUGACAAGCAAGUUAGCUUGACUUUAUUUGCUUAUCAAAUGAUGGCUUGCCAUCCUCACCAUGCUUGUGAGCCUGAGCUGAGUUUACCUGCUGGUACUAUAUCUUCUCAAUGAUGUCUGCUCUUUUAUUGACCCAGCACAAAAAUAAGAGCGAGCUCUUUUAAGAGUCAGAUGUUUAAAAUCACUGUCACACCAUUCCCUGCUGCCUACAGAAGCUCUUCUGAAUUGCAGCUAACAAACUAAACAUCAUCUUCUCUUUCUUCUUUCCAGCUGCAGAAUUCACUGAAUCCUCAGACUUUUUAAAAAAGGUUUUGCUUUAACUUAGAAUUAAGAAAAUUUAUUUUAAAAGUAUAGUAGAUCAGAUGAUUUACUGUAGCUACAUUAUGUGGAGUGCAAGAACAAAAUUAUAGACUCAUAUGUAACAGUUUUCCUAGCUGCAGACUCUAUACUACAAACCAUUGAAAACUCCAGACCUGAUUCGGCAAGUGAUUUCUGCACGUUCUUAACUUUCUUUACCCUCUGAGGAAUUUCUCUUAGCCCUUAAGUUAAGUGUGUCCUUAAAUAUAUUGCUGAAUCAGGGCAAGAUUAUGCAGCACUUUGCAGUGUUGUGGCCCUCCAGUCAACAUUUUGUAUUGAUAACUCAUGUCAGUCUGUGUGUGUGUUUUUAAAGCAAUAUGUAUACAUGAUGUUAUUCAGAAAUCAUAGUACAUUCACAGACAUAGAGAUGAGUCAAAAUAUUCCUGAGUUGUUAAAUGCGAAUGCCAUAUACUCCUACUGUAGUGUAUGUCAGAGUUAAAAAAAAGAAAAAGAAAAACAAAAAAUACAGCAAAUAAGAAAUUAGUUAUCUUUUUAACUGCAAUAUAAUCUGUGAAAAAGGAGAUUUUCUUUCCUCCUAUUUACUUAAAAACAAAACUUUCUGUGCUAGCAUCAUUUACACUGUGUACUCUUUUGUAUUCUUUUUGUGUGUUUUGUAUGUCUGUGUGUUAUUCCCAGUACUUUCAGGUAAAUAAUAUAGAGUUGCCAUUUUUUUUUCAAUCUUUUCACUGCAGCUCCAUUUGAUGUACAUGGACUUGUGAAAUCCUUUUUUAAUGUACCAUCUGCAUGGAUCCAACAAAACAUUUUUCCAGUCCCUGCAGCUUUUUGUUACAGUUUUUAAUCAUGUAUAUAGUUAUAUGUUAUUAAAAAAGUAAAAGGAUAUUUUCUAUGAAGUUUUUUCCAUUAAAAAGGUUUAGAGAAAGACUUUACAGACUGUGAGACUCCUUUGUUGUUGACAGAGCUAUAAAAAUAUUAAAAAAAAUAUUUUCUUAGCAAAAAAA